AAUCUUAUCAUCCCGUUUCUUGAUAGCACGAACAACACCGAUAACACAAUUUGUACAUAAGAUUGUGCGUAACGUCAGACAGCCAGAAACGCUGGUUUAAUUUAACAGCGUACUGCCAUUAGGUGGCUGAUGUAACCAAGAUGUUGACGGAAAUCUUGAGUAUCGUGGCGGGCAGCGCCGCUCUGUACUUGAUCUUCUACAUCGGUACCUGGUACCUGCGUUUGUCCCAGUACCGUCUGCCACCGGGACCGCUGUGUCUGCCUUUUGUUGGCUCGUUGUUGACGGCCCGAUUUACCUUCUUUCAACGACAGCAUUAUGACAACGCGAAGAAGUACGGAAGUGUCGUGCGCACCCAGAUCGGACCCUUCACCACCAUCCAGCUCAACGAUCCGGUUAUUAUCAAGGAAGCGUUUAACCGCGAUGCGCUCGUGCCGCGCCCGCAUUUCUGGUCUAUCGAACAGCGCAAUAUCGUCAACCACGGCGCCACCGGGGUGGUUUUCUCCAAAGGCGAAAUGUGGAAGGAGCACCGGCGUUUCAUCCUGUCGACGUUCCGCGAUUUCGGCGUGGGCAAGUUCCGGAUGGAGGAGAAGAUCGUGGCGGAGGCCGGGGCGUUGGUGACCUUUCUGCGGGCGCAGGAAGGACGGCCGUUGGAGACGAAGGUGCCGCUGAGCAUCAGCGUGGCCAACGUCAUCGCCAGCGUCCUCACCGGCGCCCGCUACGAAAUGGACGACCCCCAACUGCGCUUAUUACUGCAGUACACCAAGGAGAAUUUUGAGUUCACUAUGAAAAAGGUCAUCCUGGCGGUGCUGCCGGUGACGCGGUAUGUGCCGCCCAUUCGGGAGCAGUACCGCCGUUUUAUGGAGAUUAUGGAGGGUCUGUACGCCUUCUUCAGUCGACCGAUGAAGGAGCAUCUCGAUAACUUUGUCCCCGAUCGCAACGCUGAUUUUCUGGAGAGCUAUAUUUCGGCGGUGAAGAGCGGGCAAUAUUCUACACUAAGCACGACGGAAAUUCCGCUGCUGUUGGAAGAUCUGUUCGAAGCCGGUUUCGAGACGACCACCACGACGCUGCGCUGGGCGUUGUUAAUGAUGGCGCUGCACCCGGACAUCCAGCAGCGCGUCCAAUUCGAACUGGACCGACACGUUAACGCCGCCAACGGGGAAUUCGCCACGCCCUCGGACAAACUGGACACGCCCUACGUCGAGGCCACCCUCAUGGAGGCACACCGCUACGCCAGCGUCGUCCCCAUGGGCGUUAACCACUGCGCCCAAGAGGACAUCCAGAUUGAAGGAUACGACGUCCCGAAAGGAGCGUGGGUGCAAGCCAACAUUUAUUUCGUCCACCACAACGACGCCUGGUGGGAUGAACCGGAAAGCUUUAAACCGGAGCGCUUCCUCAAGGACGGCCAAGUUCAGCCGUCGGAUAAUCUGAUGCCCUUUGGAUUAGGAAAGCGACGGUGUCUGGGCGAAGCACUGGCGCGCGCGGAGCUGUUCAUUCUCUUCACGGCCAUCGUGCAGCGCUUCGAGAUUCGGCUGCCGGAGGGCGUGGCACCCGCCGAUGUCGAUCUGACACCCACGUCCGGCAUCACGGCCGAUACGCAGCCGCACCGGCUGUGUUUUCUACCGCGCAUAUAACGGUCCUAACAACAAUAUUUUGUCAGAAUUCAGUGGAAUAUGUUAUUGAAAUUAUUACUUUAUGUUAACUAGCGAUUUGCAGCGGCCAAUUAUUUUUUCAUAUUCAUUAAAACGGAAAACGAUUACUAUUCUCGGUUGAAUUUCCAGAGAUUUCUGCAGUAAAUCUGCUGAUUAAAGUUUAGCGGAUAGCAAAAAGCGAAAA